CCUUCCUCUGCCUCUUUGUCCAAUGGGUGGCGACCUAAGAGAGCAUCAGACCGACUGUUGCUGCCAGAGGCAGACUCAGAGUGUCCAUCUCCACCACAGAAGAAAAGAAUUGACCUCAAUGGUUUUUCUUUGACUCAGAGCAUCUCUGUGGAGUCGGUGGACUCUCUGGCUGAGCUGCGAGCUGAGGAGCAUGCUGGGAGUUUGAAUUCAUCCUUACUGGGAGAGAGACCACGGAGAAGAGUCGAGCUCAGAGGGGAGGCUGCUGAGGGCAAGAGCGACAGACGAGACUCUGCUGAGUCUCCCCUGAAGCAGCAGAAGAACAGCUCGACUCUCUCUGGUUCAGAUCAGUCUUCAGAGGACGACUUCUUGGUUCCCUCCACAACCAGAAACAAACCUUCAGCAGGCAAAUCUCCCCCCUCAGACAUCCACAAACCCUCCUCCUCCUCAUCCUCAAGGACGUUGGUCCCCUUACUGAGAACGCCAGACCGGAGGAGGAGUCUGAACAGGACAGUGCAGCUUGCCACCAACACCAACCUGACGGACGUGAGGGAGAAGGAGCGACAGCGGUGGACGGAGUUCAGAGAGAGGAAGCUGUCGAACAGGUCGGCCAUCAUCCGAUCGCAACUGAAGAAACCCAGGCAGAGUCCAGCAGAAGCCAUUGUGCUGUCGAGUGAGGAGGAGGACGGUGAUGAGAGUGAAGACAGCGGAGACGGAACGAGGAGGACGUUAGGGAGCAGCAGCCAGUCGGAUGAAUCCUGUCUGGAAGACCUGGAGAAGGCACAGGGUCAACAGGUGGGGAAACAGGGUAUUUCUUCCAAAGCUGAAGCAGUUGUGGGCAAGCCGCUGCUGCCGCCACAGAGGCCAGUUACGUCGCCUCCAUUCCUGCAACUGGAGUUCACCUCGCUUCACGCCGGGCUAACAUCUGUUGACGCUAAUGGGAAGAUGAUGAUCACUGACAGCAGCAUCAGGAUUCCCCUGAAAGGAGCUGAGGAGGGGGAGGUGACUGUGGUGGCAUCCCAGAUUCGGGGUUACGGUGUUUGGGAUGGGGGCUUGGCUCAGGGCGGGGCUCUGCUGGCCGGUUGGGAAGGUCCUGCCCCCUCACUGCUCUUCCUGUGGGUGACAGAUGCUCAGACCAACCUGAUGCAGAGGGAACUGUCUGACAUUCAGGCCUCGUCUGCUACCUCAGGGCCACCGUGCUCCUUCCUUCUGCUGGUGCUGAAGGAGCAGUUGCAGGAGCUCCAGGUCGCUCUGCUGGCCUCCAUCCUGGACAUGAAGGAGUACAGGGAGGGCCACUCCUCCCCCUCCUCCAUUGGCCUGACCUCCCCUCUGGCCUGGACCGAUGGGCUGGUGCUCCUUCAUAGCUGUCCUCCUCCUGUGGACCAGCACCUCCUCAGACUGCUGGGACAGUCUACAGAGAAGUCCAGUCAGGUGAGACGCAGUCAGAGAAACAAGACGUCUACCUCAGGCUCAUCUGGUCUCCAGCAGCUUCCCACCAGGUUGAUCCAGUAUCCUGCGGCACCCAGUAAAGGCCGGAUCACGGUGACGAAGGAGGACCUGGCCUGUCUGGAUGCUGGCGAGUUCCUCAACGACGUCAUCAUCGACUUCUACCUCAAGUAUCUCCUCCUGGAGGGAGUCGGCGGUUCCGUGGCCAAGCGGUCUCACGUCUUCAGCAGUUUUUUUUACAAACAGCUGAGCAGACGGAGAGCGGCCGGAGAGGACAACACUCCCUCUGUCCCGGAUCGGCACAUGAGGCAUCAGAGGGUGAAGACAUGGACGCGCCAUGUCGACAUUUUCACCAAAGACUUCCUAUUCGUGCCUGUCAAUCAAGAAGCUCACUGGUACCUGGUGGUGGUUUGUUUCCCGGGACUAGACGAGGUUCAGCGUGAGGACUUUUGGAGUCGAACGGGUGGAGCCGAGCGAGCAGCUGGACCCCGAGCCUUCAGUCUGAGGUCACAGCAGCCACCGGAGUGCACCAAGCAGGGCUGUCAGAGGGACACCGUGCUGAAGAGGCCGUGCAUCUUGGUCAUGGACUCGCUGAAGCUAUCGUACCACGAGAAUGUCUGCAGACUCCUCAGAGACUACCUGCAGGUGGAGUGGGAGGUCCGGAGGGCUACUCCUCGCCUCUUUACGCCCGACUCCAUGAGGAGCUCGAGCUGCAGAGUCCCGCAGCAGGACAACAGCAGCGACUGUGGGCUGUACCUGCUGCAGUACGUUGAGAGCUUCCUGCAGAACCCUGUCGUGCAGUUCGACCUCCCAGUAUGUUUGGACAACUGGUUUUCACGGCAGCAAGUGCGACAGAAGCGCGAGGAGAUCCGAAGUUUGGUACUGAGGCUGCACAAGAGUCAGCAACAUGACGGAGAAAACUGAGACCAAAACCACUGAGCCGUUAAACCACUGUGCAAUAAAUUAUAUAAAUUAUUUCUACUAUGUUAAUACGUUUUCACUUAACUGUUAAAGUAUAAAAACUUCUUAGAGUAUUUAAUUUGGCUUUGGUUUUCUGUGCUUGUUAACAGCACCACCACCGGUAAUGAAGUGUGUUUUCCUGAUUCUUUACUCAUUAAAAUCUUAUUCCUACUACUGUGGAGAAGCUUGGAUCUUAGUGAAACAACCCGACUUCAAAAAGGAUGCCAGUUUGUGGGGAAAGAAUUUCUGAAAGUUGCAAUAAUAAAAAUUUCUUACAAUAGCUAUGAAAUUUUUUUUAUCUUCUGCUGCUGGUCCAGACGUGGGCUGCGAUGAAACACUAGUCGCUGUGAGAUGCAGCGUUAGUGCUCGUUGUGUAAGGCUCUUCUGGCCAGUGAGCUAAACAAUUAAUCAGUGAGGAGUCGAGGUGUCCUUUGUCUCAGCUGAGGUCAAAGGUCACAUUGUCACUAUUAGAGUGUGUUUGUUGUUUGGAUCCUCUCACAGCUUUAGGUCUUCUCCACCUCCACCCCUGUGCUCUACACCUGUUUGUGCGUGUUUGUAGCUGUGUGCGUGGGCUGGUUUGGCAUUCUCGGGUUUUAUCCGAGUGCCCCCUGCUGAGGAUCAAUCAGCUUACAGCUCAGUGACAGGAUCAGACUGGAGGGGGCACAAGGCCGAAGGAGAUUUUAGAUAUUUAGAGACAAAGCAACCACCACACCAGUUAUUGCACUACACACUAUUUUUACCAAAUAUUUAGCAUUUACAGAAAGUACUUUAAUAAAUGAAUGAAUAAAUUAAUUUUAGGCCAUCUGCUAUACAAUAUUACACAACAGAUGUUCCUAUAAUACUUUCUUAAGAUCAAAGAAGAAGAAUACAGAAAGAAAAAGAUCCUGACUGCCUCCUGGAUGCUGGCUCCAAAAUAAACCCAGGAAUGUCUGGAGCACAGGAAGGACACUGGUGCCUUUCAGUAUAAAGUUUCAGAUGCAGCAUCAGUGUUUGACCAAACAACUUUUAUUGUGUUUCACGUUUUCCUUGUGUUUCUGCUCCUUCCCUUUAAUCCUGUUGACCAAUAAACAAUGCCUGCCGCUGCUUUUCGGGGGGUGGCGGCAGCAAACUGACUGAUUAGUUUCUGUUGUGACUCGGAGGAAAACUGAGCUUUUAAUGUUGAUGUAUCUUUCAAGAUCUGAUCAAUGUAUGUUUACUGAACAGCUUAUUUAAUAAGAUAUAAAGGUAAUAUGUAUGAAUGUGGUAUAAAUAUUGUGAACAG